UUUUAUGACACCUGGGCUACACCGCCUAAACUGUAUUCUGCUACCAAGACCACUUCGCUAACUAGAUUAUAUACUAAUAUUUAGAGUUGUAACAAAUGAUGGAUGUAGUGUGACAUGUUGGUGGAAUACCUAAUAAUAAACGGAUGAUUAUACAUAAACCAUGCACUCACAACAAUGCCGUCUUCUAAAUACGUCUUGCAUCUUUAAUAUUGAUCGAUAAUGUGUUUGGCAUUUUGGGGAUAGACAAUAGUUCGCAUAUUUCAAGAAUAUUCUUUCCCAAAGUCAACUGCAAUUACUCACAAAUCAUGCGGUAUGAAGCUAAAAAUGGUAAAACAAACAAUGAGAUCAGCAACGGAAACGGAACAGAAAAGUACAAGUAUGAUCAGUUUGCUGUUGUUGAUGACAAAAAUGGAAGCCUUGAUAGUGAAAAAAGUGAUACUGGUGUCAAAAUGGAGAGAAGUUUGGGCCUUAUCAGCGGGACAGCUAUUAUAGCAGGCACUAUGAUAGGUUCUGGUAUAUUUGUAUCUCCUAGAGGAGUUCUGUAUGGAGCAGGUUCAGUGGGAAUGAGUAUGGUAAUUUGGCUUGCUUGUGGAAUACUGUCGAUGUUUGGAGCACUGACUUAUGCCGAAUUAGGAUCUACUAUUCCUCUAUCAGGCGCAGAACACGCUUACUUUAUGGAAGCAUUCUGUCAAGAUAAAAAACGACGUAAUUUGUUUGGACGAAUUCCUGCGUUUUUAUUUGACUGGAUAUGCAUUUUUAUCAUCCGAACAACUAUGUUUGCUGGAAUGUGUUUUACUCUUGGUACAUAUGUAACUCAACCUUUUUACCCAGAUUGUGCGCCACCACUUUAUUUGACAAAACUCGUCACUGCUAUUGCAAUGUUUAUACUAUGCUUCAUAAACUGCAUGAGUAUCAAGUUUGCUGAAAAGAUUCAAGUGUUUAUGAUGGCCGUGAAAUUAGUUGCUGCUGUUAUCAUUGUUGCUGGUGGUUGUUACAGUUUGUCUCAAGGAGAUACAGAAACCCUUGCUAGUGGUUUUGAAGGGACAAGUACAGACACAGCUAUGUUGGUUCUUUCGUUUUACAACGGACUCUGGGCUUAUGACGGAUGGAACAAUUUAAACUUUGUCACUGAAGAAUUAAAGAAUCCGAAAAAAAACAUACCAAGGGCUAUUUGUAUAGCUUUGCCGUUAGUCAUGGUUGUAUAUCUAUCAAUAAAUGUUGGGUAUUUUGCAGUACUGCCAAAACAAGAGAUCUUAUCAUCAGACGCUGUUGCAGUGCUAUGGGGUAAAAGGAUACUAGGUGUAAUGCAGUGGAUAAUGCCUAUGUUUGUUAUAUGUUCCUGUUUUGGCUCAGCCAAUGGAUCCUUAUUCUCAAGUGGGAGGUUGUCAUACGUUGCAGCUCGUGAUGGCCAUUUACCAUCUGGUAUAUCAUUUUUACACGUGCAAAGACAUACUCCAAUUCCUUCCAUGAUAUUCACGCUGACCCUUUCAACACUGUUGAUAAUUCCAUUUGAUCUUGGUGCUUUAAUUGGAAUCUUUAGUUUUACUUCUUGGAUAUUCUAUGGCGUGUCAGCAGCAACAGUUUUAUUGUUGCGAUAUAGAAACAGACACAAAAAAUUGGACUCAUAUAAGGUUCCGUUGUUCAUUCCAAUAGUAGUGAUACUGCUGUCGACAUUUUUAGUAUUAGUUCCACUGAUUUAUUUACCUAAACCAGAGUAUAAAUAUGUUGUUUUAUUUAUGGCAGUUGGACUUUGUAUUUAUUUUCUCUUUGUAUAUAGGAAAAUCAAAGUGCCUUUCGUAGAUUCAGCGACUCGACUGAUGCAGAAACUUCUAGUGGUAGUGCCGCCUUCUCAAGAAAAAAGCUAUUAGAUUAAUUCAAACAUUUGAUGAAGAGAGAUUAUGUCUUCAAACUUUCAAAUUGUCAACGAAUAUGCUCCAUUUCCACGCGUUACUUUAACCUAACUUCAAUGAAUUAGCCGUGCAAGAUUGUGUGAUGUGAUAAAUGUCAACCCCGAAUGACUACUGUAUAGCCAGCCACGGUCUUUGAAAACUUCAAUUUGUACAUUAUUUUCCAAUAGUUAGAGCUGUGUGGGUGAAGUGUAUAUUAUCAGUGAAUAGUAAAGUAAGACCAUUCUCCAGGAAUCAGCAUGAUGUCAUUGAUAUGACCCCUAAGCGCAUUGACUUCGGUUCCUUCUUUUUUCACAAAAUAUGUGAUUUUAGUGUUUUAUAAUUUGUUUGUAAUCUCGUUUCGUCUUUAGUAGUCGUUUGAAUUCAAAAAGUUCAACAGACUUGCUACCUUGUAUCAGUUGAUUGGUUGUUUUUAACAGUUUUGAGAAUAUCACGGAGAAGAACAGACUAGCAAGAUUCAGAAAAAACUGUAUAAACCGGCCGGCUAUGGUACAAUGAAUAAGGCCCGAUUUAGACAGUGGGUCGGAUAAUCAGGUUGCAGUUUUUCAUACAGAUAUUAUUUCCGCAACUACUAAAGUACGCUUUUGUUGUAAAAAGUGGUCACAUAUUUUAGCAAAUACAUAUAAACAGCUGUGUAAAUAGAGAUGAGUAAAAGUGCAGGCAAGUUGUAAAAUACUUCUUCCUCUUUUAUAACUAUUUAUGUACUCUAGAUCUUAAUUUAUGACUAUGAUAAAAUGUAAAAGUAAUUAUAAAGUCAUGUCAUUGACUCAGACAAACGUGUUGAUAUUCUUCUAGUUUCGCAUUGACUAUUAUGAUCCUAUUGAAAUUAA